GCCGCCUUCUUGAUCGCCGCCACCACAGCCUCUCCUCUCCCCAACCAAGAGGUCGUCACGGACGACCAACACCAGACUAGAGGAGCCUGUGUGUACGGCACCCCAAAACAGUAUGACCAGUGGACCAUUCACUACCACGAGGUGAAGCCCCCAACUCAAUUCCCCAGUCGCUUCGUGCUCGACCCAGCAUGGGUCGCGCGCCAUCCAAAUGUCGGUGAUGCAGAUCACUUCUCCCUGGGCACUACUUGGGUCCCUUGGGCGGAGAAUAGGUGCCAGUACACCUGCAAUGCGAGAAAGAAGUGUGUCUCUUGGGUUGGAUAUCAGACCAAACACUCAACGUCUGACGAGGGGGAAUUUUCUUGCUUCUUCUUCAACGCCCUCAUUCAGCCCGAGAACAUCCUGCCUCAAGCACCAGACGAGCUGUUCAAGAUUACGCAUGCCUAUAACAGACUCUGCGAUAAUUUGACUGAGGUCUGA